UAAACAUUGGAACGCGAGCAGAUCUAGGUACCAUUGUCGUGUUGCUUUCAAUACAUGUCACUGUAUCAAUAACAUUACCGUGGCCUGGCUCUACGUUCUAUGUUGUACAUAUGUAUGAAUGAUUGGCACGUCUGAAAUAGGGAGCAUCAAAAAUCAAUUACAUCUGGAGAAUCGAACAGGUUAUAAAUCUGAUAGGCAACAAACAUUAAAACAAACUUGAUACAUACGAGAACCAUACGUUAGUAUACUGAUUGUGAUCCAUAUGGCUGAUCCUCAAGUUGCCAGCACGAGUCCCCAGGGAAACCACCCAAAUGUGAUUCGCUUAGGCCCCUUCAUGCCCACGAAAAAACACAGUGACCAUGAAAGAUGGGUGCAUGUAUACCCUAUAUAUCUGAAUAAAAACAAAACUGUCGCUGAAGGUCGUCGGGUCCCUAAGGAAAUUGCAGUUGUGGACCCUAUAGCACGAGAGAUUGUCAUGGCCUUACAAGAAAAGGGUUUCGACCUGUUUGUUGAGGGUUACAAAGUGCACCCGCGUGAGGUCGACAAGGAAAAUGCUCUUAUGAGAUCACGUGUCCGGGUUCACUUCAAAAACGAUGAUGGGAAGCCCAUUAACCCGCAGUAUCCUACAAAACGUGCAUUAUUUCGUAUGCUGUGCGAAUCGAUCGCUGCCAUCGAGUACCGGCAGGAUCCUGAGAUGUUCAAACAGCAUCAGCGAGCACUACAGGCACAGGUUGCUCCUCAAGUCCUCCAACAGCAGCGUUUCCUCGAGCGUUUAGAGAAAUCGCAAACACAGACUCCCGGAAACAGUGGUUCCCAGUCAACCACUAUAACCAAUAAGAAGAAGAACAAACGGGGAAGAAAAUAAUAUAACCUUCUUAUGGCAGUUCCUGUUACUUAUUGCUUCUUAUUAGGAAUCUCUGACCGGAGAAGUGUAGUUGAUAAACUUAUCCAGUAUUGCGAGAUUUUUAAGCUGUAAUAUGAACCGAUAAGUACUGCUGCUAACAAUAAAAUACGAAACGAAAUC